UCAGAAGUGACACUUUUGAACAACAAAAAUAAAUACAGAUGGUGUAUCACGCACCACGUGUAUUUUAGGAUAAACAACCCCCACUUCACUUCCAAUUUUCACCCUUGUGCACACUCCACUCUAGACUCUACCAAGUCUCUUCUCUCCCACUACUGUGUCGGUUAGAUCCAUAACUCCUGUUCAGGCGGUAUGCUGUAGGGUAAUAGUUAUAGCUUGAGGCUUGUUGAGGACGAGAGGUGGGUUUUGUGUUCUGAGCCUUUGCAGAGUGAGGAGAGUAGAGAAGUGAAAAGGAUGUCAAGCAGCAGAAAUACCCACUGGUGUUACAGCUGCAGGCGGCCAGUUCGACUGCGAGGGCGAGAUGCAGCUUGCCCCUACUGCAGUGGAGGAUUUGUCCAAGAACUUGAUGAUAUGCAUCGCAUCAACCCGUUGGAUUUUUUUGGAAUGGACGGUGAUGAUGAUCAUGACAAUAUGUUUGGGCUCGUGGAAGCUUUCUCAGCCUUUAUGAGGCAACGAAUGGCUGAUAGAAGCCAUAAUCAUGAUAUUAGAUCUAGAUCAGAUUCAAUUCCUGAACAUAAUCCAGGUUUUGGUCCUCUGUUGAUCUUUGGUGGCCAAAUUCCUUUUAGGUUGUCUGGAAAUGGUGGGUUUGAAGCUCUCUUUUCUGGGUCUCCUGGUGUUGCCUUUGCAAGAGGUAAUGCCGGUGAUUAUUUUGUAGGCCCUGGACUUGAAGAAUUGUUUGAACAGCUUUCUGCUAAUGAUCGGCGAGGCCCUGCCCCAGCAACCAGGUCAUCAAUUGAUGCGAUGCCCACUGUUAAGAUCACACAAAGGCAUCUUCGCACUGAUUCACACUGUCCAGUUUGCAAAGAUAAAUUUGAGCUGGGAUCUGAAGCAAGGCAGAUGCCAUGUAAUCAUUUAUAUCACUCAGAUUGCAUAGUUCCAUGGCUAGUCCAGCACAACUCGUGCCCUGUUUGUCGGCAGGAGCUACCACCGCAAGGAUCAAGCAGUGGACACAGUUAUCAAAGCUCAAGCUCUCGAAGCAGAAACAGCAAUUAUAGUGGAAGGGAGAACAGUAGGGAAGGAAGACGCAAUCCAUUAUCUUAUCUGUGGCCCUUCCGCUCAUCCAAUUCGAGUUCUAACCAUGAUGAGACUCCUGGAAGCAGCUCACCAACCAUGCAUGAAAACAACCACCAGAUGGGGUAUUCAGGAUGGCCUUUUAACUAGGGAUGUUAGUAUGUUAUAAACACGGUAUGUUUUCAUUUUCUUUAUGAUCGUGGUACCUCCAUUUAUAGUUGACUUAAUAUCUUGGAGUGAGUGGUUUGAGACCUUGAAGUUACAAGUGUGGAGUCUGUUUGAAAGGCAAUUCAGGACCUUUCCGUGUCUUCGUUGCAACUUUUACUGUAAAUGACUUAUCUUCGCAUAAUCACUUGUGCUUAUAAUACUAUCUGUUUAUAA